AUGGUUGAUCAAUCAGCUAUAACGCCAAGCUCGAAGCUUCAGCUGACGACGCCAUGGAGAAUUCGCCCUUUUUCAACUUUCGAUUACAAACCGAAACCGAAACCUCUAAAAGCAGAGAGAGAGAGAGGAAGGAAAGAAAGAGACAAAGAGGAGAAGGAAUCUGGUACUCUCCGGUUUAGGCAAAAGACCGGUCUAAAAGUUCCACGCGAUCAUCACGAUCUCUUGUGA